AAUCUUAUUUUCUAGUUUCAACAAUUAGCAAGAAGACCUCAGAGCGUGAGCAAAGAGGAGAUAUGGGAAGCCCUAGGAACAUUUCUGUUUUUUUUAUUUUGUGUCUCUGGGUCCUGUCAAAAACCUAUGGACAAAGCCCAAGACCAGAAACAGCAGGAAGGAGGCCUGCAGCUGUCAAAGGCAAGACAGUGCUUCAAGAGACCACAACCCGAUUCCUGCUCUUCCCUGGAGAGACAGAGAACAGCUGUCAAAUCCGGCUCCAUGCUCCCGACACGCUUCAGCAGUGCGGCUUCAAUGCCUCCCGCCCUUUGGUGAUGAUCAUCCACGGCUGGGCGAUGGACGGCCUACUGGAGAAUUGGAUCUGGCAGAUGGUGAAGGCUCUCAAGACUGGGCCAGCCCAACCCGUGAAUGUGGGGCUGGCGCAAUGGGUGAGCCUGGCACACAAUCACUAUGCCCUUGCCGUCCGCAACACCCGCCUUGUGGGCCAGGAGAUCGCUGCUCUGCUUCGGUGGCUGGAGGACUCACUUCAAUUCUCCCCAAACAAGGUUCAUCUAGUUGGGUACAGCCUGGGGGCUCAUGUCGCAGGAUUUGCUGGCAGUUACCUGGGCAGCAAACACAAGAUUGGGAGAAUCACAGGAAUGGACCCUGCUGGCCCUCUGUUUGAGGGUUCUUCCCCCAGCGACCGCCUUUCACCAGAUGAUGCCAAAUUUGUGGAUGUCAUCCAUACAUUCACUCGAGAGCAUAUGGGUCUGAGUGUGGGGAUCCAACAGCCUGUUGGCCACUAUGACUUCUACCCCAAUGGGGGUUCCUUCCAGCCUGGUUGUCACUUCUUAGAUCUCUACAAGCACAUCGCCAACUAUGGCAUGAAUGCUCUCGCCCAGACAAUCAAAUGUGCUCAUGAGCGUUCUGUACACCUCUUCAUCGACUCCUUACUCUACCCCAACAAGCAAAGCAUAGCCUACCAGUGCAGUGACAUGGACAGCUUCUCCCAGGGUCUGUGCCUGAGCUGCAAGAAGAACCAGUGCAACACUUUAGGCUACCACACCCGACAAGAUUCACAUGGCAGAAAGAAUAAGAAGCUCUUCUUGGUCACCAGGGACCAGUCUCCAUUCAAAGUUUAUCAUUACCAGUUUAAGAUCCAGUUCAUUAACCAAAUUGAGAAGCCUGUGGAACCAACCUUUUCUAUGUCUCUCUUCGGAAUGAAAACUGAAAUGCAUAAAAUCCCCAUCACUCUGGGUGAAGGUAUCAUCAGUAAUAAAACCUAUUCCUUUCUUAUCACUCUGGAUUCGGAUAUCGGUGACAUCUUCAUGAUUAAAUUCAAGUGGGAAAACAGCGCAGUGUGGGCCAAUGUAUGGAACACUGUCCAGACCAUAAUCCCCUGGGGUAAAGGGCCCCUAUAUUCGGGUCUGAUUCUAAGGACCAUCAAGUUCAAGUCAGGAGAGACCCAGAAAAGAAUGACAUUCUGUUCACAAAGCAAGGACGACCUGCAACUGCACCCAACCCAAGAGAAGACCUUUGUGGACUGUGAGGUAAACUCCAAAAAUAAGAAGCAAACCAGAUGAACUGGGAUGAAGAUCUGGUGCCGAAAAUAAACUAUCUUUAUUGGAUAUCUUUAUUGGAUCUGGAAGGUCUUUCCAGAAAACUAUGGCGCAUGGAGUUUAAAUAAAAUUGAAAAGAGAAGUUCAUUUCACUCUUUAACAUACUAAGCUCUUAAAACCUAUAUUAUAUAACUCUAUGCAAAUAUUGGUGUAACUGGAAGGCUCCCAAUUCUGUCUCUGAUUAAAUGAUAAUGUAUGCAAAUAAGUAUAAAUAUAACAGCCAUUUUAGA